GCUAGGUAGACCAGUAGAUAGAGCUUCAGGUCUGAACUUGAGAGGACCUGGUUUCAAAUUUGGCCUCGGGCACUUCCUAGCUGGGUGACCCUGAGCAAAUCAUUUAAUCCCAAUUGCCUAGCCUUUGCCAACCUUCUGUCUUGAUACUAAGAUUAGGGUUUAGGAAAAAAAAAAAAACUACACAUGGAUGAUUUCUUAGAUUAUGGAAUGUCAGAGUUGGAAAGGACCUUAAAAAUUGAAAAUUUGACCAAAGAGACUGCUAAAGCCCGCUUAAAAAAACAUGAUGUUGGAACCAAGUUUUCCCAGUGGUUGUCAACUAAAUCCUCUGUCCUACUACCUUUGUUGUUUAAGGAAGGAAAGCUAUAUCUGCUCUUCACAGUUCGAUCAAAGAAGUUACGUACCUCACCAGGGGAAGUGUGCUUCCCAGGGGGAAAGAGUGAGCCAGGAGACCUAGAUGAAAUAACCACAGCUCUCCGGGAAGCUCAGGAGGAAGUUGGACUUCAGCCACACCAAGUAGAAGUCAUUUGUCGUCUUGUGCCUUUUAUAAACAAGAAUGGUAUUACGAUAACCCCGGUUGUGGGAUUUAUAGACAGUUCAUUCCAGGCCCAACCAAAUCCACAUGAAGUGAGUGAGGUGUUCCUGGUGCCUCUGGAAUAUUUCAUCAAUCCACAUACUCACUAUGCCUUUCGUUCACCUGUUUUUGGUCUUUCUCAUUUCUUUGACUACACAGAUCCCCAAAACAAAUCAACCUAUCAAAUCUGGGGAUUGACAGCAAGACUUGCAUUGCUGACUGCACUCAUUGUUUUUCAAAAGCAACCUUCCUUUGACAUUGAAUAUGACUUCAAUGAUCUGAUUUCAUCCUCUGAGCAAUACUUUCUAAAGAUACAUAGAGCCAUGAAGAGCAAGUUAUAAUAUAGACAUAGAUCUAUCCAGAUACUUGUCUAUGCACCAGAUUGACUUGAAGAAAAAGGAUCCUCCUCCUGGCACCAGAUUUGAUGUUUAUGUUAAAUUAUACUGUAAGAUCCUUGAGAGUACACAUUAUGUUGUUUUUCAUCUUUGUAUUCCCAGUGCCAAGCACAGUGCCUUGCAAAUGGAGGCUUAAUAAAUGUCUAUUAAACUAAAAAAUGUAUUUCUGUGACACAUUGUUUAUAGCAUUGAACUAAUUUGCUUUAAUCAGUAUUAAUUU